AUGAAUUUUCUUCUCCCACUUCUCUUCUUCUUUUUCUUCUUCAAUUCAACAGCAAGUUAUAACGUAGUCAGUUAUGGUGCCAAACCAGACGGCACAACUGACUCGACCAGCGCAUUUCUCAAUGCAUGGACGGGGGCCUGUGGUUCGGCCAGUUCGGCGAUGAUUUACGUGCCACCAGGAAGAUAUUUACUCAACCAUGCAGUCUUCAGCGGAGCAUGCAGAAGCACAGGCAUCACAAUACGUAUCGACGGGACACUGGUGGCCCCGUCCGACUACUGGGCUCUCGGCAGCUCUGGAUACUGGCUUACAUUCCAGGGCGUCAAUGGAGUUUCCAUUUCUGGAGGGACCCUUGAUGGGCAAGGGUCGUCUUUGUGGGCUUGUAAGGCUGCAGGGAAGAGUUGCCCAGUCGGAGCCAGGUCUCUUUCCUUCGUUAACUCAAGAAACAUUGUGAUAAGAGGAUUAUCAUCGAUAAACAGCAAAUUAUUCCACAUUGUUAUCGACGGUUGCCAGAACGUCUAUUUGCAGGGGGUCACGAUCAUGGCCUCAGGCAACAGCCCCAACACCGACGGAAUUCAUGUAGAAUUGUCGACCGGAGUCACAAUCUUGAGAUCAAACAUCAUGACCGGAGAUGAUUGCAUUUCAAUUGGCCCCGGCACGACCAAUUUAUGGAUCGAGAACAUCGUUUGUGGACCUGGACAUGGCAUCAGCAUUGGAAGCCUUGGACGGUCUCUCAACGAACCGGGAGUGCAAAACGUGACAGUUAAAACCGUUACUUUUAACGGUACUCAAAAUGGGCUGAGGAUUAAGAGCUGGGGAAGGCCCAGUAACGGAUUUGUGAAAGGGGUCCUUUUCCAAAAUGCCACCAUGGAGAAUGUCCAGAAUCCCAUUAUAAUUGACCAAAAUUACUGCCCUCAUAACGUAGGCUGCCCUGAUCAGGCAUCAGGCGUAAAAAUCAGCAAGGUGACAUACAAACACAUCCAAGGAACGUCCGCAACACAAGUGGCUGUGAAAUUGGACUGUAGCUCCAAGCACCCAUGUACAGAUAUCACAUUAGAAGAUAUAAAACUCAGUUGCAAGAACCAAAACGUGGAAUCAUCUUGCGCCAAUGCAGGCGGAAUAGCCAGAGGCUUAGUUCAACCAUCAAGUUGUUUGUAG